UUUUGGCCACGUCCAACCAGGGAAAGGCCCUCCCCCUCCGGCACCGCAGCGCCCGCGCUCCCGGAGCAUGGCCCCCCCUGCCCCUGCCCCUCCGCCGCGGCUGCAGCUGCCGCGGACCCCGAGCGUCUGACUCCAGACGGAGGCGGCGCAGCGCCGGGAGCCACCGCCACCGGCAUCGCCUCGGAGCGGCCCCGGGGGAGCGGGGCUGGCCGGGGCCCCUCGCCCCCGCGGGCCCGGAGCGAGGCUCGGCUUAGGCACCGACUGCCGCCGAGCAGCCGUCCUCUGACGGGCUUGCUGCCUGCCGUGCUUGCUUGGAUGAGUCUGCGACAUGCCUAAUAAGAGACGAGAUGGGCCAGGGCGACGAGAGCGACCGCAUUGUGAUCAACGUGGGUGGGACUAGGCACCAGACUUACCGCAGCACCCUGCGCACCCUGCCCGGCACGCGGCUGGCCUGGAUCGCUGAGCCCGAUGCCCACAGCCACUUUGACUAUGACCCCCGCACGGAUGAGUUUUUCUUUGACCGGCACCCGGGCGUCUUCGCCCAUAUCCUGAAUUACUACCGCACUGGCAAACUGCACUGCCCCGCGGACGUGUGCGGGCCCCUGUAUGAGGAGGAGCUGGCCUUCUGGGGCAUCGAUGAGACCGAUGUGGAGCCCUGCUGUUGGAUGACCUACCGGCAGCACCGCGACGCCGAAGAGGCUCUGGACAGCUUUGGUGGGGCUCCCCUGGAUAGCAGUGCUGAGGACGGAGACAUAGAUGGCACCGGAGACUCUGGUGAUGGUGAAGAUGAGCUGGAGAUGACAAAACGCCUAGCACUUAGUGACUCCCCAGAUGGCAGGUCUGGGGGCUUCUGGAGACGGUGGCAGCCCCGCAUCUGGGCACUCUUUGAGGAUCCCUACUCCUCCAGAUAUGCAAGGUAUGUGGCAUUUGCCUCCCUGUUCUUCAUUCUGGUCUCCAUUACCACCUUCUGCCUCGAGACCCACGAGAGAUUUAACCCCAUUGUGAACAAGACAGAAACUGAAUUCAUCGGGAAUGACACCCAGGUGCGGCACUACAGGGAAGCGGAGACGGAAGCCUUUCUCACCUACAUCGAAGGUGUCUGUGUGGUCUGGUUUACAUUUGAAUUCUUGAUGAGAGUCACUUUCUGCCCAAACAAGGUGGAAUUUAUCAAAAACUCUUUGAACAUCAUUGACUUUGUGGCCAUACUGCCUUUCUAUCUAGAGGUUGGACUCAGUGGCCUGUCUUCCAAAGCUGCUAAGGAUGUCCUGGGCUUCCUCCGCGUAGUCCGUUUCGUGCGAAUCCUGCGAAUUUUCAAGCUGACCCGCCACUUCGUCGGGUUGCGGGUCUUGGGACACACCCUCCGUGCCAGCACAAACGAAUUCUUGCUGCUCAUCAUAUUUUUGGCAUUGGGCGUCUUAAUCUUUGCCACGAUGAUCUAUUAUGCCGAGAGAAUAGGUGCUAAACCAAAUGACCCUAGUGCCAGUGAACACACACACUUUAAAAAUAUCCCCAUCGGCUUUUGGUGGGCUGUUGUCACCAUGACGACCCUGGGCUACGGAGACAUGUAUCCUCAGACUUGGUCAGGCAUGCUGGUGGGGGCCCUCUGCGCUCUCGCUGGUGUGCUGACCAUUGCCAUGCCUGUCCCUGUCAUUGUGAACAAUUUCGGAAUGUAUUACUCCUUAGCUAUGGCUAAGCAGAAGCUACCAAAGAAAAAAAAGAAGCAUAUCCCGAGGCCACCCCAGCUGGGAUCCCCCAAUUAUUGUAAAUCUGUCGUAAACUCUCCACACCACAGUACUCAGAGCGACACUUGCCCACUGGCCCAAGAAGAAAUUUUAGAAAUUAACAGAGCAGAUUCGAAACUGAAUGGUGAGGUGGCCAAGGCGGCGCUGGCAAACGAAGACUGUCCCCACAUAGACCAGGCUAUUACGCCUGAUGAGGGCCUGCCCUUUACCCGCUCUGGCACUCGGGAGAGAUAUGGACCCUGCUUCCUCUUAUCAACCGGGGAAUAUCCCUGCCCGCCUGAUGGAGGAAUAAGAAAGGGGUACAACCAUGUUGCUGCCUGUAGGAUCAAUUACAUAGCCUGACCAUCUUGAGAAAUGAUGAUUUUUUUUUUAUUUUAAAUUUUUUUUUGUAUUCCAACGGCCUUCUGAGUCAUGUUGCAAGUGAUACUACUCUCGGCAUGUCCGUGCAUGCAGAUGCUAUUGAACUGGCUACAAUGUUGACCUCAUUCUUAGUCCAUUCUGUCAUUGAUCCAAUGCUGUACUUUGCAUUUUUCUUUUAAAUGAAGGUUACGAAAUGUCACGGAGCCUUAACAGCAUAGCUGGCAUAAGUGGAAAAGCGAUAGGAUUAUCCUCAGUGUCUGCGCCCUACAGCUCUCCUAGCCCAGUGAGACGUUCUUGGUCUCCCAUCCCAUCUAUUUUGUAGCAUGGAUCAGUAGCAGAGAAUGGUCUAAAAAGCUUUACUUUCAAUUAGCCUAUGCGAUGUUGCAUAUAGUCCAGGUGACUAAGUCUGAAGAUGCAAUGUCUCACAGUAGCACCCCCUGCAAACGGUGUUACUUCUGAUGCUUAGGUGACAACACUCCUAAAUAGCACUCAGAUGACAAUAGGCAGGCAUUGGCGUAGUACUGGUGGGCCAUACGUGCUGCAUGGUAUCACAACAUAGGAUGAAGGGUAGAUGCACCAGAUGGCUUCCUUCCUGGUGCAUCCCGCUAGCAUAUGCUGAUUGUGGCUAAUGGUGGAUCUACUGGCUCUGUAUGGAAUGGGUUAGGCGUUUAGUCGAUGCUGAAACAUGCCAACGAUGGAAGAUUUUGCUUUUCUCAGGAUAUUUUUGAGCCAUAGGAACCCUGCAGGAGUUUGAGCAAACAAGCACAGUAGGAUGAAACUUUGCAUGGGCACCUAUUUUAAGCUGAAAGCAAUACUCAGACACACUGUAGAGAGGUCUCAGUCUGGCUGACUGCAUGGGAAAAAAAUCCUGUUGAAGAAGAAUAUGGCUGCCUCUGCAUGUAGCUAUUUCACCUUUUCCUCCUUCCUUUAACACUAAGAUGCCAAGCUUGAUGUGAAAAGCGCAGGGAAGAAGCUCAAGUACUGAUUGUAUUCUUUACAUGCAGAUCUUUGCAAAGAAAGUCCAGUCAUUGCUAAAUAUAUGCCAACAGAGGCAGUCAGAGUGACCUGACAAGGCAAGACGGAGAUGAACAUUGAUGGCUAAUAAACAUCUCUGUGGAACUGUGCAGGCAUAGAAGACCUUCUCAUUUGGACAAAGUUAACUCGCUCCAUGCAGGUUUUAUGGAUGAUUCUUCGUGGUUCUGGAGUUGUACUAGAGAUGCAGGCUUUUUCUACGGCCAAAAUGUAACAAAACUGUAGAAGAUCUUUUUUUUUUUUUUUAAUCUAUUUUUUUGUUCCAAAGCAUGACUUGCAUGAAGACAAAAAUGAAAAUGAAAAAAAAAAAAACAAAACCAACAAAGCAAAACAAAAAAACACACACACAAGAAACAUGGCAAAUGUAUGAUUAAGGAGAAAAAAGGAAAAAAAAAGGCAAAGUUAUAUAUUUUCUUUCAAAGCUCUUUACUUUUACAUACAUUGUUGUAGCAAAAAUGUAAAACAUUAUAAAACUGUACAUUUCUUUGCUAUGGAUCGCUUCUUUUUGUAUACAAGAUAAAGAGUAAUGGUUUUAAAAAGUGCAAUCAGGCAGUCAUCGGUCAUAUUGACCACGCCUUCACAGUUCAUCACACCGACAUGGAAAUCAAGAACUUUUAAUCCAACUAGAAGUGUAUAAAAAUAAGAAAAACUUUUUCCUGUCUGUUUUUGUUGGCAUGCUUGUGACACAUGGGACCUUCCUUCGGACCUGACAGUAUCAGCUGGUUAAUUUUCCAGCUCUGGUUAUGUUGUAUUUUAUUGAUGUAUAGAUCCAACGUAAAGACCCUUCAUAAAUUGUUCAUAUUAAGUAAUCAGUAUGAAUUUUAAACAAAAGAGGUGUUAUUUUAAAACUGGGACUUAUAGUACAAAAUCAGGAAAAUACUCAAGUAUAAAUGGUCUCAAAGUUUAAGAAACAAGACAACAGCAUUGUAUGCAAUUUAGUACUGAGUAAAAUGCAUGCACAAUGUUAUGCAAAACAAUUCUAGCAUGAAAAUAAAUUUUGUAUCAUGGUUUCAGUGCCUGCUGUAUAGUGUAAAGGGGAAUCCUUUUCUGAAGCAAUCAGGGGUUUCCAGAGACUUGCUUCUAAAAUCUUGAAUAAAAUACAGUGUUCUCAACAGAAAUGUAGGAGAAAAGCUUGGUAUUGCUUUGGUUCUACAAUGCUAAUUUUGGUUAGUAGAUAAUAAAUGAAGCCUGCAAACACUUGAUACAACCAAUGUCUAAAGAAUUCACACCAUUAGUAAUUUUACAAGGGAAGACUAAAAACCCCUAUAAUGAUCUAGGUAUCUUCCUUUUCCCUCCCCAACAAUAAUAAAUGUUUGUCUUUUUAGCUGAUUAAA